ACCCGGGGCGCGGCGCCGGCGGCAUCGUCGUCCCUGAUUGCCGCGGGGGGACCUGUGUCAUGGGAUGCUGCGCCUCGGCUUUCCACUCGGGCUCCUAUCUGACCCGGGAGGGUGGCGGUUCGCCGAAUGUCCCCGCCGACGCCGAUGGAGCUCCUGUGGAGGCAGGCCGUCAAGCAGCAGCGGCCCCUGCGGCUGCUACCGAAGGUGCUUCGACAGCCAAGCAGCAGGGAAAGCAUGAAGCAGCUGCUCACGGGAAGGACACUGCCGAAGAAGCCAAGGCACAGCAGCCUGGUUCCCCGACGAAGGCUCCGGUCCAGCCUUCGGCUCCGGCUAGCGACGCAGCCAAGCCUGCAGACCAGCAGUCCUCAAAGAAACCGACAGUCCUUGACACCGCCAAGGAGGACGUUCUGGGUGUGCUGGAAUCCGUGAAAAAGAACGUGGGAGCCGCCAAGGAGGCGUUCUUCGAAAAUCCCGCCAAGACCGAACAGAGCAAACCGCCAUCGAGUCCGACUAAAACGACGGCUGGCUCCCCUGAGCAGGCGGAACCGACCAAGACGUCGGAAGCCAAGACACCAGAAGCUAAGGGGGGUAGCUUCCUCACGAAGCUCGGGCUCUCGAAGUCGGAAGAGGACAAGCAGAAGGCCAAGGAAGACGCCACUUCCAAGCCCGCCGAUGGAGGAAAGAAAGAAAGCGGCGCCUUCCUUCCGGAGCUUGGCAAGCCCGCACUGGAGACUGUGCAGCGACAAUCCGAGCCGCCCAAGAGUGCAGGAGAGAAAGAGGUCACUGCUGAAACGCCUCCCUCGGUGCCUGGCGCUGGAGCAGCGGAAGCUGGGGCAGGAAAGGACAAAGCUCUCGGGGCUCUCGAUGCGGGCAAACUAAAGCCGCAGGAGCUCCUGACCGUCGGGAAGGCAGCCGCGGAGGAGUUGAAGCAGAAGACUGAACAGGCUAGCGAAGCGGCCAAACAAGCGAAGCAAGCGGCAGACGCUGCUCUGCAAAAAGCUGGCGAGCUGAAAGAUGCUGCCGUGAAGGCGGCGAGUGUGGGAAAGGAGAAAGUAGCGUCGCUCGCUCAGCAGGCACAGAAGUCGGCGGCCGGCGCCACUGACUCCGUGGAAAAGAAAGGCGAGGAAGCCGUGCAGAAAGGAAAAACCGAAGCCGACGCUAUUUCUCAAAAGUCUCAAGAGGCUGCCUCCGCGGCGAAGUCAAAAGCUGAGGAGCUUAAGGAAUCUGCUGCCGCUGCCGGGAAGGAUGCCGCAGCUGCGACAGCUGCAGGCGUAGAGGCAGUAAAAAAGGCAUCUCAGGAGGCCGUAGCCUCCGCAACCGACAAGGUUGCUUCGGCAACAGAGAAGGCGAAGCAGACGCUGAGAUCUGAGGCAGAAAAGGUCGAACCGGCUGUUAAGCAAGCGUCUGAAUCUGCCAAGGAGAGAGCACAGGAAGCUACUGACGCGCUGAAGUCCGGCGCCGAGUCCAUGAAGGAAAAAUCCCAGCAGGCGGCCAGUGCUGUUCGUGAAACUUCCAAGAGCGUCUCCGAGAGCGCUGCCAGCGCCGCGAAGGCCGUUCCCGAGCUUCUCAAGGAUACCGCACAGGAAGUGCACGACAAAGGCAAGGAGAAAAUAGAAUCGCUUCUGCAGCAGGGAAAGCAGGAGGAACCGACCACUGCCUCGAGCCCAGCAGAGCAAAAAUCGUCCGAAGCCGUCGCCUCAGGAAAAGCUCAGUCCGAAUCUGCAAGUCAGCAAGCGAAGCCCCAGCUUCCAGAAGAGCCGAGGCAAUCCGAAGCGAACCCUCUCGACGCCGCAGCCACGAAACAUAUGGUCUACACCGCCAUUGUCGACGUCAACGCGGCGGCCGCUGGCGAAAGCGCACUCUCCGCUAAGAGCGGCGUGAAGAAGAGCGGCGGGGAAGUCGAAGACGGCACGGCCGAACUGUGCUUCAACAAGCCUACCAAGGACGGGCCGCAGGAGACUGUGGAGCCGCCGAAGGCGGUGCCCCAGGAGGUGCUCGAUUCCGCCAAGUCCGAAGCCGAGAUUCUCGUCGAGCGUGUCAUAUCUUCCGUCGUCGGAGCCUCGGAAUCGUUGAAGCACUCGGCGGACGACGCUGCCUACAGCGAGAAGGACCGACUCGAAAAGCUCAAGGAGAAGGCGCAGCAGGAGUUCGCGUUGUGCCAGGAGAAGGCCCACCACCUGCUCAGUGGCGUCACUUCCGCCGUCUCGACCGCAGCCAGUUCCGUCGUGGCAAAGUCGGCGGAGAUAUACGACGCGACCAAGAGCAAAGCUCACGACCUAUCAGAACAGGUCACGGUGAAGGCGUCAGGCACUGCCGAAUCCUUGAAGCACGGCAUGCACGCGCUACAAGAGCAUGCCGGAGAGUUUCCGCAGCUGAUCAUGCACACCUCCAAGUCACACGGCCAGUCCGGCGAGGCGACCACUGGCGGCAGUGUCUCCGAGGCCCCCCGCGAGCAGGCGCCGCUGCUCCAAGCAGACCCCCAGCAAGAAAGGCCCGGCGAAAGGUUAAGUCCGAGCCCUAAACCGGAAGAUAUUGAAUCGGCAGUUGUCAAAAUUCAGGCUGGCGUGCGGGGUUACCUCACCAGGAAGAACCUGCAAUACCGAACGCAACAAGAUGGCGAGACCUCGCAAACGACGGGAAACUCGUGCGAGACUGAUCCGUCGGCGGCGGCGGCGGCAGCGACAAACGGCAGCGAGCCAUCAGACACUGAAGCGGCGGCGACCAAAAUUCAGGCCGCUUUCCGGGGCUACAUGGUCCGCAAGGAACUCAAACCCGACAACGGACCUGGAAGUGGCGCCGUGCACAGGGAGGAUCUGGUCGAGUCCCGCUAGUCCCCCACUAGAGCGGCGCUGGCGGCAGCUCGCUGUGUGCGCAGCUCAAAAUCUCUCUCGAAACGCGAUCGGAAAGCCGAGACAAGUGCCUUCUAACACUAUGUUCCUUCGCUAUUAUCUCAAGAGCGCGUGGAAAAGAAAAUGAAAUGUGCAGAGAGUC